AUGACGUCGACCACCAAUCUGCCAGAACUUUCCUUGUCUCCAGAGACUUUGACGCCAUCGCGUUUUUCAAUAGCGCUACGAAUUCCUUCUCCGACUCAGCCCAAGCUUUUGCCUACGCCUAAGGUUACUGAAAUUGUAGCUCAGGACGGAAGUGUGGACAUUCAAUUGUUUAUAAUCUCCCUUUGGAAGUAUCGAACGAAUGUAUCGUUUUCAGCAGAACUUUGUCAACGUCUGUGCUCAGUGCCAAUCACCAAACUAUUGCUGGAUCAAGUGGAAUUCUAUUUACCGCAAUUGGCUCACAUGGUAAUGCAUCUUGAUUGCGAAGUACCUACGGAUGAUAUUGAGCAGUUUAUGCUGCUACUUGCACAAAGUAGUGUACACCUGGCAUUACAACUAUUCUGGGUGAUCUAUGCAACGCUUGAUGAGAAUCGCCCAAAGACAGUGAGUAGCAAUCCUCGAACAUUUUCACGUUGUGCGCGAUUAUUGUUAGCACUCGAGCAGUGCUUUGUGUACGGGUCUCCAGCAUCUCGCCAGGCGUCAGAACUUCUUAACCGACAAAGUAUCUCGAGAGACGAGAUGGAGCAGAUUCUUAUGGCUGAUCGGCGCUUUUUUGCCGCUCAACAGAGAAGUACAGACUUAAAUAGCGCUGGUAACACCGUAGAAAACGUUGCUCCAAUCUCGGGUGGUUGGCUUUUCAAGAAAGGAGGUGGGACAAGUAGAAUGGGUCGACGCAAUUGGACAAUGCGCUGGUGUCGUUUAGAGCAGCGUAUAUUACUGGUCUUUAAAAAGCCAACGCACACACGUCCUCGUGCAGCUAUUCCACUUCAUGGUGCUCAGUUGCAUAUUGUGGAGAAUAAGCGUCCAUUUUACUUUGAAAUCAACCUUCGUUUUAGCGAAACUAAAGCAAAGUUUUCGGCAGCAACAGCUGAUGAAUUGGCGACGUGGGUGGCGUACCUUCGAAAAGCAUCCGUUUUACCAGAUCCUCCUGCUGGAAGCCCGAAGAAAGGGAGGUGCACCUUAGAACGCACGUUAGCGCGCAUGUCGUUUGCAAUGCGAACUUUUAUUGUGCAAUCCUCGAGUCCAACUCCACAAUAUAUCGUUGAUACUUUUGCAUUUUCAUCGCAAAGUGGCUCGCCGUCAAAAGCAAACAUUGUCAGUCGCUCAGCAGAUGCUAUCGCAGAUAUAGAGACUGCUCAUGUUGAGCAAAGGCGAAGUCGGAUGUUAAGUAGUGGAUGUGCGAGCGCAUAUUCGAGUCAAGCGGGGGAUACGGACGUCAGUCAAUACUCAACGACAGACUUAAGUUGUGAUACGGAUGCGUUAAUGCAAGCUCUCAUGACGCCAGACCAGCAGCGACGUUAUGAAUUUUUCUGUACCAUGAUCAACUUUGUGAAGUCAAUCACUGAUAUAUCUGAGUCACUACGGCAUGUCGAGCCUUUGAAACGCAAGGAGCAAUUAGGACCACUUCUUAAACAAUUGCAAAUACCUAGUCGAGCAUAUAUCCCACUCUGCAAAUCAACGGAUCCUUACUGCAACGUUAUGACGGUCUUUUGCGACGAAGGACACGUCUUCAGCACCCAUGAACGGGCACCGUGCUUAAUAUACGUCGGCGCUGAGGAAGAUGAAAACAGUGAAGACGUGUCUACCGCCUUAUUCAGAAAUCUCUAUGAUACCCGAGCAGAUGACAUUCACGUAGAUGAGACCUUUUUCGAUAAGGACGCUUUCGAUAUAAGUACGAGACAAAAACGAAGACUUUACUCAUCCAUCAAGUCUUGUCAAAUGUCGCCUUUUCUUCGUAAACUCUUAUCAAAUGAUCACCGCAAAGCUCUCAUCGAACAUACAUUUGGUGAACUUACGUUUUCCAAGGCUGAGCGUCUCUUUAGCAGUGUUCAAAGCUCAAAUCCAAAGCGAUGGCGUUUGACUAGUUUACUGUCCAAGAGUCACGAUGAUCUUCGUCAAGAACUUUUAGUUAUGCAAUUUAUCUCGUACUUUCAGCAAAUUUUUGAAGAAGAGAAGCUUCCAUUACGACUGCACCCUUACCGCAUAUUAGCUACAGGAUCAAGCACUGGGCUUAUUGAAGUUGUGUGUAAUGCGAUGUCGCUUGAUGGGAUCAAGAAAAGAAAAGGGUUUACAAAUCUUCGAAGCCAUUUUGAACAAAUGUACGGACACGUAUUCAAUGAUUCUCAAGACAGUCAUGAGGAGACGGAUUUGCUUCAACAAGCGAAAAUGAACUUUAUGCACAGUUUAGCCGCCUACUCCAUCGUCUGUUACAUCCUUGCAAUCAAAGAUCGACAUAAUGGCAACAUCAUGCUUGACAUUGAGGGUUUUUUAAUCCACAUUGACUUUGGCUUUUUUUUAGGCCGAGCACCGGGAGGAAGUUUUAGUUUUGAAACAGCACCGUUUAAGCUGACAGCCGAAAUGGUGGACGUACUAGACGGUCGCGAUUCAACGAAUUUCAAGUAUUUUACAGAUCUGUGCGUUCAAGGAGCGCUGGCAGCUCAAAAGCACGGAGGGACAGCAGGCCCUCUAUCGGGACUUAAAGAACGAUUGUUUUUGAAUAUGCCCCCGGAAAAGGUUCCAUCAACCAUUCAGAAUAUGGUGCAGCGCUCUUACGAUCACUUUGGCACGACUAAGUAUGACCAAUUCCAAACUUUUUCGAAUGGAAUUUCGAAGUAG